AUGAGGCGAAGAGUUCCUAUCCUCUUUGUAGGGGCCUGUGUUGCGCUUAGUACAGCCUCUGUUUCAUAUUACAACUUUUCAAAGAAAAAUGUCCAUGUUUGGAAGGAUCCUGUGGACGAGAUCGGUGCUCAUGCCUUAAAGUCGUUCUAUGAGAGUAACUUUAGGGAAGCUAAACGGCUGUUUGCAAAAAUAUAUGCACAACUUCACACCAACUCCGAAGCCAUUUCUGCAGACUCACGUUGGUCCCAUCCAAUGGCAAAAUGGAAUCUUUUAAGGACUUUAAUGCAAAUCGAAAGGGAGUUAAAUCCAUCAAACUUACAAAUUGCACAGUAUCUCAUACUAAGCUCUUCGGCUUUUGUUGCGGAAAACUCAAAUUCGGAACAAUUUUCUACCCUAUUGGCAGAUUCAUGCAUGGUCGCUGCAGAUAUUCUUCACAGAAAACAGAAGAUUCAGGAGGCUCGGUCCUACUUAGAUCUUGGAUUAUCAUUUUUGACCCCGGUUUUGAAUAGUCUCGUAUCUUCAACUACAGCAGAGUCUCCAAAAGAUAUUUUGAAAAGGCAUGUUGAGUUGUGUAAUUCGAUUUCUAGUCUAUUAGAAACUAGCGGGGAAAAUUAUCUUUUGGAUGGAAAUUGGCUCAACGGGUAUGAUCAUUUUCGGCAAUCGUAUGCAUUACUUGCACAAAUGGAUCCAAAUUCAGCGGCUGGGGAUGAUGAUAAAUCAAUAUUUGAAAAGCUACAGUUAGACCCGGCGUCAAGGAGAUCAAUCCUUUUUUAUAAUAUGGCAACCUGCUUAGUUGGGCUUUCGAGAUUCUCAGAAGCGAAAGCGUAUUGUGAAACAGUUAGAAGUUUGCUUGCAAAUAACCAUGAAAGAUCCGCGAUGGAUACGCUUAAGAGGCUGAUUUUCCCAAUGAAUUUAAUAGAAAAAACUAAAGACGAAAACAUAAGUCUUUUGAACAGAUACAAAGACAUGAAUAUGCUAUUACUUGGCCAUAUUAAUAUGGCAAUGGAAAGCUCGGAAACAGCCAUAGAUCUAUUUAGUGAAGUAUUAAGGAACACUUCGGAGGCUGAUUUGAGGAGGGAGGCACAUUCCUAUAUGCGAAAAUUGAAAAAAUAA